GCGCCCUCCUCAAUUUCCGUUGCUCCAGAACAAUCUCCUCAUGCUCCCCGUUCUGUUUCCAACUCGAAUCGGGACGAAGUUCUUCUUGUUGAGCAAUCGGCGCCUCCGCGUGAACCAUUUCCGAACCCGGCUUGUCCGGGACGCGGAAUGGCCUUCUUGCUCUCUAAUAGUGCGCCAAAGUAGAAUAUGUAACCUCUUGUAGACGAGGAUCAUGGACCUCGCCGAGUCCAAGAGGGUGGUUGUGUGGGAGACAGUGGCAAAGGGAGAAGAGAAACAGAGAGGGUCUUUUAACGCGCGCGGGCCUUUUCCAACGGAAGCGCUCCUCAGACCUCGACCUUAGAGGAUUUCAAGGAAGCUCCCCCUUUUUUGGAUGGAACCAAGCGGUAUCAACAUUAGCGUGACCAGAAUUGAUGGAGGGAAACAACCCAUUGCCAGGAAUUUGCGACAUCUCAAGCCCAUCAAAUGCAGGUUUGUUGUCCCUGAGAAAUUUGCUCGCCUUAGCUAGUUAUGGAUCCGAUUGUUCCAUUUCAAACUGAUUGCGGGAAGUUUCAUCUCUAGAAGCAUCUGGUCUCGGAUUAGAUUCACGGGCGAGUGCACGCCACACAUGCUUAAGAAGAGCCAGUGUGCAGGACCUUCGAAGGCCACUUGGUUGUGUUGUCGGACAGGGAACCUUGAAAUUAGGAUCCACAACAGUGUUGUUCCACCCACCCGAAUGAGGAAUUGGGUUAAUAAUUGUAUUUGUGUGUCAUUGUGCGUGAUCAAGUCGAUCAGGCUUGUCCAAACUUGAAGUUGCUCAAAAUAAGUUCGUGUUCCUCUUUCAACGUUAAUAAAAUAAGAAACGGGUGUGGUUUUUAUGGAAAUCCAACAACAAUUGUGCCUUUUUACAACCCUUGGUCAAUCUUCUAUUUACCACUCGGAUGUGAUACACACUCCGAUACCGUCAUUCUUUGCUUUUUGCUGGUGUGAUCCAUUAGAGACAUGCGAUAAGGCCGCAAAUCAACCCAAAGUAAUAAGGAGUCACGCUCAAAAUACAUCGGGGAAUGUAUUGGCUCCACCACCAAGUCCGCGAAACAUAAUAUUCGACGACGCACAUAUUGAUGAAUGGGUGCUCAACAUCGCACCAUGAUGCGCAAAGGGAUCAUGAAGCGGCUCUCUAAAUCCGCGAGUGACAUCUCUGGGUGUCGAAAGAAGACCCAUUCCACCUCUCCGGAUGAGGAGAGCCGAGAGUUUGCAACUCCUCCACCUCAUUCCGAAGAUGAGGCUGCGGACGAUGAAGAGGAUGACGAGGAUCAACACAUCCGAAGCUUUUCUCAACGGCCUCUCUCCAUUCAGAAUGCCAUGUCGGUCCCUUCGUCCUUGCACAAAAGGCACGACGAUCUUCAAGCGUCCAGAGAGGAAGCCAACAGUGCCCUCUAUCCACAGUCCAAGGAAACCGAUCGGAGGCGAAGCACAACGACGGGCUUUCUCGGUCUUCUUCGACGAAGGCUCGCCAAUAGUCGAAGCUCCAGUCGUGAGAGUGAUCGGUCCUCGAGAGGAUCCACGCCACAUCAUCGCAAAUCUCACAUAGGGGCUUCAACUUCCACAACUCCCGAGGGUAAGAAGGCCCUUCAGAGACAGGUGUCAACAAGGUCCUGCCACCAGCCUGCAUCCUCACCCGAGAUCGUCCGCUACAAGGUGAGCAAUAAUCAGGCCACGGGUGCGAAUAACUUUGAGGCGCCAGAGGUGAUUCGACACCAUCAUGUCACUCCCAUCGCGUCGUUACCCAUGGCCUUGGCUCAAGAGCUGGAAUUGGCUCGAUUGAAAGAGGAACGAGACAAGACCGCCGAGACACCCAAAGAAGCAACCACAGCACCAAGCCCUUCAAGCAUUGCUAUGCCCAAGGAUCCCGCCAGCUCUCACAACAGGAUGCCGGAUAGCCAUGGCCAGGAGGCCUCCAAAAGUGUGCCCACACCGCACGAAAGUGUUGAGCCGAGAGGCAAAGAUCGAAUGGUCCAUCAGCCCAGCUCUGACGAGUCCUUCCACUCCGUCAACGAUGACCAACACAUUGCACAACUCCGAUCUCAUGCUUUUUUUCAUCUCCACGUGCAUUUGAAGCAAGGCUACGAUCUGGCAGCACGGGACUCCAAUGGAACAUCAGAUCCAUAUGUGAAGUUCUUGAUUAAAGGAAAAGUAGUGCACAAAACUAAGACUAUCUACAAAGACCUGAAUCCGUUUUGGGAUGAGCAAUUCGUUCUCAACAUCGAAGACCCAUUUGUGCCCGUUCAUAUCAAGGUCUACGAUUACGAUUGGGCUUUUCGAGAUGAUUUCAUGGGAGAGGCCACGCUUUCCUUGGUGCGAUUGGAGCUGGAAAAAACGUUUCCACUUGUGAUACAACUGGCGGAACACGGGAAAUCUGAAUACUUGGGACAACUCGCCAUUACCGUCAAAUUGGAGCCCAAAAGCCCAGCUGAUCGAUCCAUGUCGAUCAUGUCCAGUUUGUCCUUGGCCGGGUCGAUUCGUUCCACUUCUGAGCCUGCCACUAUUAAGCGCAUGAGAGGACAAUCCCUUUCUGCCUGGUCGGCCGUGGUCAAUGUGGUCCUAAUUGAGGCCAAGGAUCUCCUGGCCAUGGACUUUGAGGGCACCAGCGAUCCAUAUUGCAAGUUCAGACUCGGAAAUGAUCGAUACAAGUCAAAAAUCAUCUACGAAACAUUGAACCCAAAAUGGUUGGAACAAUUCGAUCUGAAUCUCUACGAAGAUCAGCCAAAAGAACUGGAAAUCACCGUUUGGGACAAGGAUCAACGAAGCAAAGAUGACUUCAUUGGCCGAUGUGCAGUGGAUUUGUCCCAUUUUGCCAAGGACUGUACCCACGACAAUUGGUACGACCUCGAGGAUGGCUCAGGAAAGAUCCACUUGCUCAUAUCCAUCUCUGGUUUAACCCAAGCCCAUCCCAUUAUCGACUUGGCCAAUUACGAGGAUCCAAAGUUUGAGGAGCGCAUUUCCUCCUAUUCGUAUCAGAAUAUUCUGUGGAACUGGAAUGACAUUGGAACCUUGUCGAUCAAGAUAUAUUGUGCCAAGGGCCUUUAUGCAGCUGAUUUGAAUGGAAAGAGUGAUCCAUUCGUUGUCUUAGAGCUUGACAAUGAAAGGAUUCAAACUCAUACGGAAUACAAGACCAUCACUCCAACUUGGAACCGAAUAUUCGUUCUACCCGUCAAGGACAUCCACUCGGUACUUUAUAUCACUGUCAACGACGAGGAUCGCAAUCACACAUUCGAAUUCUUGGGCAAAUUAGCGAUACCUUUGCUCCGCAUUGAAACCCGAAAGAAGAAGUGGUUCGCCCUCAAGGAUAAGAAGAUGCGAUGUCGAGCCAAAGGUAAUAAUCCCCAGAUCCUCCUGGAAAUGGAUCUGAAAUGGAACCCUGUCCGAGCGGCCAUUCGGACCCUCAACCCCAAGGAUGAGAGAUAUUUGACUGUGUGCGAAAAAUUCAAGCGGCAAAUCUUUCUCAAUAACGUCAUGCGAGUCAAAGCCAUUAUCAUGGAGUUUGUGGACCUAGGCAAGUUCCUUGAGAGUUGCCUGGAAUGGGAAAACCCCAUUCAGAGUCUCCUAGUCUUCAUCUCAAUCGUGGUGAUUACUUACUAUUUCCAACCGUACAUGUUCCCAAUCUUCUUGUUGUUGAUCUUCCUCAAGAACUACGUCAUUCUCAGCUACUUGGACAGCCAAUCCAAUGCUGGGGCCAAGGGAACACCCCAUCACCAUCAUCAAAUGGAAGAACAUCUCGACUCGUACGAAGAUGAAGAGCUGGACGACAAAGACGAGGAGAAAGAAGAGAAGAAGACUUUGAAGGCCAAGCUUCAAGCCAUCCAAGAAGUCACGGCCAUGGUACAAAACGCCAUUGGCUAUGUGGCCUCCUUGGGCGAGGAGGUUAAGAACACGUUUAACUUCUCCGUUCCCUAUCUUUCCUGGCUGGCUAUCGUGAUCUUAAUCAUCAUUGCUUUGAUCUUGUACUUCAUCUCCCUGAGGUUUCUGGUCAUUGUGUGGGCCAUCAAUAAGUUCUCGAAGAAGUUUAUCCGCCCGGAUUACGUGCCCAAUAACGAACUCUUGGACUUUCUCUCCAGAGUUCCAGAUGACGAAGAGCUCAAUGACGCGAAGGAGCUCAAGCUCUAUUUGGAGGAGAUCACCACGCCCAACAAAAAGUUGCCAAAGAAGAAGCAAAAGUAGGAGGAAAGCCCGUUGUAGCCAGCCUCUCUUGUGAUAUUCAUUCUGUUUUGUGAUAACAUUCAUUAGUUGUUGGCUACUCUCAGUUCAUCUGUACCUUUGUCCCUUCAGUAUUCGUCAGUCAAAACAAAAGUUGUUUCAAAAAAGACAUUAUUUGCGAAUCUUAGCUAGCAAUUCCAAAUUCAAUGGGCAGUGUUCAAAUACUUCAAUAUUUGUGACGUGUGCAGUAUCUUGAAUUGACUAUUAUGCAGUUUUUCAAAUUUCCUCUAUUUCCAUCUCUUUCAAGUUUGGACUCACUUUAAACUUAAUGCUAAAGUCUAGAGUUUUGGAAAGUGCUAUCUGUUUCGAGUUAUAAUCCCUCCGGACUCUUUUCCUCUCUAUUAAUUCUAAAGUUGCGAGCUAUUGUUGAACUCUUGUUAUAUUUUUCUAUAUAUUCAUCUUAGUAUGUAGUGGAAUAAACCAACAUAUCACGCUACAAA